UCUGUAAACUUAUGACUAUUCCAGUAGGGCCUGAAUGCUUUAUGCUCGGAGAGAAUCUCAUGGCAUUUUCUUGUGAGUAUUGUUUGAGUUCCUCCUAGAGAUAUCUAAGUUGUAGUGGCUGACAAUGGUCAAUUUCAUAUGUUUGCACGGAAGAUUUUGUCUUGUCCAUCUCACUUUUAGUGCAACCUGGUAACUGGAGCAUCUUAUGUUCUCAAUUUUGUUUGUAUUUUUGGGUCUUCUUUUGUUUGUAUUAUAGGAAUAACAAGGUCUAGAGACUGAAAAUUCUUCUAGUGUAUGACGCAUGUCGGAUUUAUGAAGAUUAAGGUAUACAUACCGAGAGAAAAAUUGUGGUUCUAUUGGAUUAAGAGCAGUAAAGAUGUCUUAAUUCUAUCAGCGUGUUGAUUAGCAAAUAAUCAUCCCAAGCAUGGCUGGCUCAUUUGUCAAACUCUUAGGGAAUUUAUGCAAUCAACCAAAUGCUAAUCAGUUUUAUUUAGAUGUUGGGACUUACAGUUGGCCAAAUUAAGGUGUAUUAGAUGCGGACAUUGGAGGUGACUUGUGUAACUGUGCUUAUCUUUUGGUUUGUCUUGUUUCUGAAAGGCUUUAGAGUUUUAUCAUAUUCAGAAAGUUGGCAUCAUUCUAGGUUUUGGGUUUUGGAAAUCACAAGAAUUUUUUCCUAACACCUGCAUCAUUGGAUUUCAAAUAGAUGAAAGUCCAUUUAUGGUAAUCUUAAAAUGUAUCUUUCUAGUAUUUGCAUAUGGUUUUUCAUCACGGCGGGGCUUUUAGAAAAGAAUUGGUUUAAUUAAUAAUUAUGUUAUCCCUCCGUCAGUUGCCCAGUGAAGCCUUUACUAGAAUCAGCAUGUCUGGUUCUUUUAGAGAAGAUUCUUAUUUUGUGAUUGAUUUUGCUUCUCUCCUCAUUCCACUGAUGUUCUGAUCUUUUGUUAGACCCGACCUCUAUAUAUGAACUUAAUAAUUGAGAAGAUUAUGACCAAUGAUAAGCUGGGUCGAGUCACUUGCAUUUUAUAGGUAAUUGGAUCAUGAUAGACACCUGAAGUCAAUAUGAUUACUGGGAAUGGGGAACGCAGUAGGCCAUCUAUGAUAUGCCCUUACUGCAGUGUUGUUUUUGGAUGGGGUGCAUGGAUAUAAAUGAUAGGAUUUAACUACCUCAAUGGGAAAUCAGGCUUAGUUGAGUUGUUGAUUUUCUAGCUCCAUAAACUGCACUGAGGUGAUGAAUUUAAAGGUGUUCUUGUGUGUUUGCCUCUUCUUUAUGUUUUGUUGUUAACACAGGAAAAGGGUUAUUGGAUUGUGGGCCUUAUUAAAGGCCUUUGUUAAGACUUCUGAUAGGCAAUCGAAUCCUGAGUUCAGAUCAUGGACAAUACUAGAGCUUAAUGUCUGUCCAGCAUACUUGUUUAACUACCCUCUUAGGCGCUAUCAUCUUUUUACUAUUUUUGCGUAGCUGACGCUUCAUUUGCUAACCUGAAGUUUUUCUACCAGUGAUUCCUUUGUUGAAGCUGUCAGUAGUAUUUGGAAAAAAAAAAGAAAAGAAAACUGUCAGUAGUAGGGAUUUGUAUAAGCAAGUAAUGCCUCUUGCAAGCAAAGGCCAAUCAGAUGCUCCCAUGGUAGUGGUACUACUUAAAACUUUUGAGACAGGAAAGUUAUGUGUAAUCAAUUAAUCUUACUGGUUAUUGUUGAAUCGAUGUAUGUGUCUUAAACCCAAUUUUGUAGAUUAUUAACAAUAAGAAGAAUCCAUAGAUGCCCUCUUCGGAAAGAAAAGUACUGUAUGGCAUCAAUUUCAGGAUAUAUUCCAUAGUUUUUGCUUCGUAUUUUCCUCGCGCUCAUGCGGUGUUCAUCUUUAAAAACCUGCUUAAAUCCAAUGUCUGCCAUUUGCGAUUGCUCUGACUCGACAUUUUAUAGAAAGCUGACGUAGAAAGUUUACAUGGACGGCCGAAAAGCUCAAAAGACUGCUCUAUGUUGAUGCCCUCAAGUCUGACACCAGCGAUCCCUUCCUUCUUUAUAUUUCUUAACGCCAUUCAUUCAACUUUGCGUAAGAAUACAGCGGUUCUGAUUCUCAACCCCAUUUACCCCUCUGCCCUUUUAUCCUUUUGAUACACUUCCUUCUAUAAUCAAACUGUGCAAGGAUAUUAUGGUCAUAGUCGUGCAAAAUAAGGAAACAAUGCAACACUCUUUUUUCCUUUCGGCCAUAAGCCAAUGUUCUAUACUUUCUUUAUAGCAUAUUCAUUUCAGCAUUAUAUUAGCAUGGCUUGGUGGUAGAGAAGGAGAGAACCUAAAUACGCAGAGAGAGAGGAAAAAGAGAAGAGAGAAAAGAAAUGGAAGAACAGGUUGAAACGGUGGGGAAGGCAUUUGUGAACCAUUACUACAACCUUUUCGAUAAUGAUCGAUCUUCACUUGCAUCUCUUUAUCAUCCAAGCUCCAUGCUCACUUUUGAAGGUCAGAAGAUACUAGGCGUUGAUGAUAUCUCGAGUAAGCUAAAUAACUUGCCAUUUGAUCAAUGCAAGCAUGCUAUUAGCACCAUUGAUACACAGCCCUCCUCUUUUGCUGGUGGCAUCGUUGUCUUUGUCAGUGGCAGCCUCCAAUUGGCGGGUGAGGAGCACCCCUUAAGAUUUAGUCAGAUGUUUCACUUGAUUCCCUCUGUACAAGGAGGACUCUUCGUGCAGAAUGACAUUUUCCGUCUCAAUUAUGGUUAAUUCGUUUUUAGGAAAUUGAUGUUGUGAUACAAUGUGAUGAAAGACAGAAUAAUCAAAUCUUCAUUAUCUCUUGAAUGAAUUUCUUGUGUUGUGUUUUA